AUGUGCUACCGAGUCGUCGAGCGCUAUGCCGCCUGCAAAUGUCUCUACUUUGAGCACUCAAUCGACCCCUGCUCUUCCUUCGGCCAGCGUGGUCAUUCUGUUCUAGAAAAGACCGUGCUGGUCGGUCUCGACCCGGUGUCGGGAUUCUGCUGGAGUUCAGAAAACGCUGGUUCUAUCUGGAAUGGAAGCGCAGUUGUGGGGAUGAUGCGGGUGGAGCGGGAAAUUAUUUGA